AUGGGAAGGGGAAAGAUAGAGAUGAAGAGGAUAGAGAACAGGACUAAUAGGCAGGUGACCUACUCGAAGCGACGACAAGGGCUAAUGAAGAAGACCAAAGAGCUUGCCAUUCUUUGUGAUGCUCAAAUUGGUCUAAUCAUCUUUUCUGGAACUGGAAAACUUCAUACUUUUCCUGAAUCUUCCAACAGCAGUCUAGAGCAAACCAUACAGAGGUAUUUGAAUGUUCAAGGCAUUCAGCUCCCAGUACAGGAUAAUCGGGCAGAACUAUUUUCGGAGCUGCAAGCGUUAAGGGAAGCCAUUCACAACGCCGAGCAAAGCAUAAGGAACUACUUGGGUGAGGAUUUGGGUCCUCUACCCCUUGAGGACUUGCAUAAACAUGAACAAAAGCUUGAGUCUUCCUUGAAUGUUGUUCGAGUUCGAAAGAACCAGCUCAUGCAACAGCAAAUGGAAAAUCUUCGCAGAAAGGUUAUUCAAAUUAAUAAAUGA